UUAUAGUUACUCACUAGGAUGAUGAAAAAAAAACUCACAAGAUUAUUGGAGUAAUAUUUUAUUUAUGGCAUUACAUGACUACUCCACAUAUUAGAUUAGUGGCCGAAAACAGAAAAAGAAAGAAAAACUCAACACAGAAAGUUUUUUGACCUAUGUUUGUCACCACAAAGAAUGUGAAUUAUUAGGUAUAAACUUAGCUAAGUAAGCUCAAACACCAGCUCAAAAACUCCAUCAAGAAUCAAUCCCAACAAUAUUAAAGCGAGUACCAUGGAGCUACUAGAUGUGGGCGCGUGUAGUGCUACAGUUAAGAAGUGUAAAGUUUCUGAAUUUGGGGAAGAAGAUAGGAUCAGCCGUAUACCUGACCCUGUACUUGCUUAUAUCAUGUCUUUCUUGUCCACAAAGGAUGCAGUGAAGACUAUGCUCCUUAAGCCAUUCGGGAAGCUAUGGACGACUAGGAGCAAUCUUGAUUUCUAUGUAUGUCUGUUUGAGGAGCUGCCUACCACACCUCCUAUGAAUAGGUGGUUCUCGUUCGUUGAUCAUGUCUUACUUCAUCAUGAAGCACCAACUGUAACUCAAUUCCGCCUCAAAUUUGGCCGCACCAUCUAUAGCUCGGGUUUAGAGUCAGGGAAGAUAGUUGAAAAAAUCGACUCGUGGAUCAAUUUUGCUGUAAGGAAGAAAGUGGAGGUUCUGGAGGUGGACAUUGGUCGCCGUUGUCGCUAUGAACCCAUUUUUGAUUAUCACUUGCCUUCGUUUAUUCUUAGAAGUGACACUCUUAUGGAGUUAAAUUUGGCAAGCUGUAGUUUGGCAACUGAGGUUGGGAUUCAGAUGAAAGCACUUAAGACCUUGUCACUUGGGACAAUUUUAUUGGAUGACACAUUUAUGGAGGAGAUGUUAUCUGGGUGUCCAUCUCUAGAAACCCUGAUCAUUAAUGACUGCCAGGGCCUACAUUUGUUGAAGUUGCCUCAUCAUGUAAAAGAUUUAAAAAUCACCUUGGAUGAAUCUGAGAUGUCAAUGUUGGAAAUUAUUGCUCCUAAGUUAAAUUCUAUCAGUGUUUCUGGAGCAAUUGACUUUGUAAAUCUAAAGGUUCCAUCAUCUCUUUCUGCUGCCGCUCUAAACUUCUUUCGUGGAGGAAAAAGCUUUAUUAGCAGACAAAGAAACAUUUGGUUACUUCUUUCAGAUAUAAAGCACGCAGCGCAGCUGAGAGUAUGUCAUUGGUGUGUGCUGGAAUUGGCUGUAAGAGAAUGGAAUGGUUGCCUAUCCCUUACCCGCAAAUCUGUAGUUGUCGAGACAAAACCUACGAGAUGGCACUUCCUUGGCAUAGUGAGCUUGCUGCGGAAUUCCCCUAAAUUGGAGGUGCUGACAGUAUUUAUUGAAUCUGACACAUUUCUCUUCACUUGGGAUGACAUAAGGCAUGAGACACUAGGCAAGCUACCUAGUAGCCAGAUGCAGAGAACAAUGAAGUUCAACGAAAUCUGUUGCCAAUUGAAAAUCGUCAACAUACAGGUACACAUAGUAAAUUCAUUUGCUAUCCAGCUGGUGAAGUUUCUUCUUAGGUCCUCAAAUUGCUUAGAGCAAGUUGUGAUUUCCAUUGAGGGUCGCGGGCAAGGUAAUCAGCUGAGUGAAUAUCACAUUGAAAAGUCAAUGAGACUAUAUGAGGAGUUAUCACAUUGUCCUAGGGCCUCCAAACAAGUUAUUGUUAGGUUAAGAGGCCUCAAAUGUUAGGUAAAAGGACCAUGGUGUGUUGUGCAUCUCGUUUUGGAGUUGUUCUACAUAACUGUUCAAAUUAUAUGUUUCAUAUUAGAAGCUUAAGUAUUUCUCAGCACAAAGUUCUUUCUUCUAACAUACUGUUCCAUGAAUCCUCUUCUUUUAUAUUCUUCUUUUUCCCUCUUUGUGAUUAGACAUUACAACAGUUUCGCUACCUUCACAUGUAGGAUGGAUGGCUGCAAUUCCUUUUCCCUGUUUUGUGCAACUCGACCUAUUUCUAUCCAUCGUUAACAGACAAAUACACUGUAAUUGCAAAAAUAUGAGAAAAGAAUCAUUGUUUUACC